AUGAAAAUUUAUACGAAACCUUCGGUACCAGUAUUACCCGUUGAACUAAUCCUCGAGAUAUUCAAGUACAUUCCAACGCGGAAUCUAUGUAGAUUCAUGGUUUUGUCGCGAACGUUUGAUACCGAAAUAAAGAAAAUAAUAGUGAAAAGAUUCAAUGAAACUUUUUGGAAUAAACAUAGACGGCUAUUGGUAUUCCUUACAAGAUACAUAUUAGACUUGGUCCCAGCUCACAAUGGAUUCGACCUCACUCUCGACAAAUUAGACAACAAAGAUCUAAUUGCAACAUUCAUCGUUGACUUGUCACAGCCAAAAGGUACUAUCGGCCCUAACCACACAUCCAUAUGGGGUCUGAAAUUGCGCGGUGAUGGUGUAGUUCGCAAUCCUUUAAAUGAACCAAUAUGGACUUUGCCUGCCGAUCGGAAAGAAGCUAGAAUUUAUUUAUUUGAUAGUGAUACUGAUCGAGAUCAUCCUUUGAUUAGAGCGUUUUAUGUCACAAAAGGGAAUCUUCGAGCAUCUGAUGAUACUAUUAUAGAUUGUGUAAAUUGUGAUAAUAAUCCUUUUGAAAAGACUGUUGUCAACAACAAUGAUAAUGAUGAUACUGACAAUGAUACAAGUAACUCAAACAACGACACGAAAAUCAAGUUAUCUAAUAUGGACAAUGCUGAAGGUUGGUGGAAACACGACCUGAUAGGUCGAAAACACCAUAAAGCAUUUCGCGCACGUGCACACUUAAUCUGCAAAAAUGAGUCUCGCUAUCAAAACGAAAUGUUGCGUGAAGUUCGUGUUAGCGCAUCAAUGCUAUUGGUCGCUGCAGACGAGAAACGAAAAGAUCGAGGUGUGGGAGGGGUAAAAUUUUUGGUGGUGGAGGGUGGACAGUCUAGUUUUCGACGACGAGGGUGUGUUAUAUCAUGA